ACUCGAUAUUCGUUUGUUGGCCCGUGGGUAUGUGUGUGUGUGUGAGAGAGAGCAGCAGGAGGAAGACUGGUGGCUUUCUUUAGCGCUGACGGGGACGGACAGAAAACAAUACCGAAUACGUGGUCAUACCCGAUUCACUCUGCUGCUGACUCGCGCAGGUCAAUAAAAGUUCACUUUUGGGAGACGUAAAAAUGGGGAUCCGCAAAAAGACCAACAAGAACCCGCCGGUGUUGAGCCACGAGUUUAUCAUCCAGAACCAUGCAGAUAUUGUGUCCUGUGUUGCUAUGGUGUUCCUCCUCGGGUUGAUGUUUGAGGUCACCUCGAAGGUUGCAGUGCUGUUCAUCACUGUCCAAUACAACGUUACCAUCUCUGAAAACGAGGGCCUGCCAGAGGAGAGCGUGGUGAACCACUUCCACCACGGUCUGAAGGAUUUGGCUACGGUCUUCUUCUACAUGCUGGUGGCCAUCAUUAUCCACGCCAUCAUUCAGGAGUAUGUUCUGGACAAAAUCAACCGGAAGAUGCACUUCUCUAAGACCAAGCACAGCAAGUUCAACGAGUCAGGCCAGCUCUCUGCCUUCUACCUGUUCUCCUUCGGAUGGGGAACCAACAUCCUCAUGUCGGAGAACUUCCUGUCCAACCCAGUGAAUCUGUGGGAAGGCUACCCCCAUACCUUGAUGCCGUUUCAAAUGAAGUUCUUUUUCAUCUGUCAGAUGGGCUACUGGCUUCACGCUCUGCCCGAGCUCUACUUUCAGAAGACCAAGAAGGAGGAUAUUCCUCGUCAGCUGGUGUAUAUCGCUCUGUACUUGGUCCACAUCGCAGGAGCCUACAUCCUCAAUCUGAAUCGUCUGGCUCUGGUCCUGCUGGUGUUGCACUGCUUCGUAGAGCUUCUCUUCCACGUGUCCCGCCUGGUCUACUUCAGCAACGAGAAGAGGCAGACUGGGUUUACUGUCUGGGCAGUACUGUUUGUUCUUGGACGGCUGCUCACCCUGUCCCUGUCUGUCCUGACUGUGGGUUUCGGCCUGGCCAACGCUGAUCAACAGGUACUGGACCUGGCUAUCGGAAACUUCAACGUGCUCUUUGUUCGGAUCACUGUGCUGGCGACCAUCUGUGUGACUCAGGCCUUCAUGAUGUGGAAGUUCAUCAACUUCCAGCUGAGGAGGUGGAGAGAGCAGGCCCAGGCCCAGCCCGUGAAACCCAAGAAGACCCAAGCUCCCAAGAGCAAGUCCAAGAAAGACAAAGCCAAUGGAGUGAACGGAGUAAGUUCCAACGGAGCUGAUUCGCCGAGAUCAAAGAAAGAGAAGUCCUCAUAAAGUCCCCUCCAACCCCUACCCACCCCAAAAAGACUCCCUUAUAUCCUGUCCUCCUCAACCCCUCCAACACCUACCCACCCCAAAAAGACUCCCUUAUAUCCUGUCCCCCUCAACCGCUCCAACCCCUACCCACCCCAAAAAGACUCUCCUAUAUCCCUGUCCCCCUCCAACCCCUACCCACCCCAAAAAGACUCCCCUAUAUCCUGUCCCCCUCCAACCCCUACCCACCCCAAAAAGACUCCCCUAUAUCCUGUCCCCCUCAUGCUGCAUCCAGCCUUCUCAUGCCACUGCUCUAGCUGUUGUCAACAGCCCAAUCCCAAAUCCACCCCUAGACCCUAUACCAGGGACCAUCAACUAGUUUUCAGCCGCAGGCCAUUAUUUUUUUUCUUCUUGAGCGGAUGGUCUGGUCAGGGGGCCGGAACAUAAUUACAAAUCAUUAGUAGACUGCAAAUUGACCUCAAAGAAGCCCAAACAGAUGUAAUAUUUGACUAAAAUAUAAUAAUUUUACGUUCGUAGACAAUCACUGUGGAACAUUAUUUCUAAAAUGUAAAAUGACUUGGAGCUGAUUGGCUGGUGUCUCUAGUCUUAUGUCCAACACUAAAAAAAUACAAAUAAAAACUUUUUUUUACAUUUUUUUCGGUCAACUUGGGGAAUGGCCCAUGGGCCUCCAGUUGGGGAACCCUGGCCCCCCUAAGCACUUCUGGAGAUCAAAAUGUAUUGAAUUGGUAUAAGCAGUAUGGUGAAACUUCAACCUAGAUCUUAUCAUCUGAAGGACUACAGCUCCUCCCAGUAGGACUACAAACUCCACAAUGCAUCUCUGCUUUAUCUGCUCCUUGCCAAUCUCAAGUGAUCCCGAUGUUUUUUUUUUUUCCUCCCAUUAUCGUCACGUGCCAUUACUACAGAAAAAGAAAAUAAUAAUAAAAAAAUAUAUAUAUAUAACUUAUUUAAGUGCCUAUUGAUACAGAUUGUUUUGUACAGUUUUAAAAUUUCAGGAAUGAUGGAGAAGAAAAAGAAAUCAGUGUUUUCAGUUUCUAAAGUCAAACAUUUCAUAUGCCAUUUUUUUUUUUCUUCCAACAUUUUCAUUUAUCAGACUGUAUGACAUUCUGUUUCUUUAACAAAACGGGCUUCUUGAAUUCAUUCCCAUCUGUUUGGAAUCACUAGCAGAGAAACUCCAUGCACCUGCCUACUUUCCCUCAGUCUGUAUCAGAGGUUUAGUUACAUCCUUCUUCUUUUCUUUACCAGUAGUUGAAACGGCUUCAUUCCCCCUUGUUUCCUUUCCUUCAUCAACACAAGGGUUACUAGACUGGAUGGGAUUCAUUGCUUUCCCACCACAGUGCUUUAACCUACCAGUUUGUGUGUCUCAAAUGCCAUUCUUAUUCCCAAUAUAGUGCUCCACUUUUGUAUUGGUCGUGGUCAAAAGUAGUGCACUACAGAAGGAAUGGGGUUCCAUCUGAGUCCCAGACAUUCUCUCAGGACACUGGCAGUGAGAACGCAGGACAGGGAACAAGGAUAGGAAGCCAUUCUAGAGAAUUUAGAGUUUUAAUUUGCUUUUCAAGCCUUUUGCGUUGGUGCCUGUUUUACGUCUCUGUUUAAUAUGCAUCCUUCCUGUGGUCUUUUCUUCCCUGAAGCAAUCGCUGAUCUAACGUGGUUGGACAGGGCCGUUUACCCCAAUCCAGCCAAUGGUGUAGGAUCAGUGGUCACUCUAUGUGGAGGGAGGAAGCUAUUAUUGAUGUGCAUCCUAAAU